AACCAGUCAGAGAUCAGAAGAAAUUCGCCGCUCUGCGACUGAACAGAGACGAAAGAGAGAGCUCAGAGAAAGUACCCCGAGGUACAUUGAUUGUUGCAGUCGGACUACAAGCUUUAAUUAUUGUUAGAACCCAGUUAUCUGCUGGAAUUGGUCCUAAUAUACGUGAGCAUUAAUGUAUUGACGCGCUUUUUAUGUGCAGCUUUAUGAGUGGGGAUAAGUUUCCUAGCCUGCUAACCCGACUCACUAGCCUAUAAAUAAACAAACAAAUUUCGGCUCUCACGAAAAAACAAACAAAGGAGAAACAAGCCAAACGUAUAAUUAAAAAGCGGAAACGUUGCAAAUAGAGCCGUUUCUCCAUAAGAACCGAAGUAAAUCCUCGGCGUCGGCUUGUUGAGUUUAGCCAGUUUGCUAAUGAAAUGCUUCUCUGACAAUUAGCGAAUAAAUCUGGAGUGACAAGGGAUAUCCGAGCCUCCUGUCAGGAUUGUCUACAGAGAAAUUUUAUUUUUAGGCAGAAAGCUUCAUCUGCGUCCUGUCUUAAAUCUGGACUGACUGCAGCAUCUCUUGUAGUUCGGUAUUGGACAGGUAGCCAGAAGCUAACUGCGGUAUCCAGGCGGGGAGAGAGAAGGUGCUGUGACACCGUUUCUAAUAUCAGGUGCCCAGAGUGUCUGAUAUUGAGGCUUCACUUCAGUUUGACCACCCACCUGAGUCAUGGAGAAGGAUGAAAAUGGUGAAAACAUGGUGGAAACGGUGAAGGACUUAGUUGUGACCUCUGCCUAUAGAUAUACCAAGGAAGAACUUGUGGAAAUCAAAGAACUGCCAAUUUCCAAUGAGAGGCCAGAGUGUCUUUCAGAGAAAUAUGACAGUGAUGGGGUUUGGGACCCUGAAAAAUGGCAUGCCUCACUAUAUCCCUCUUCAGAAAACAGCUGUCCAGCAGAAGGAUACAAGAAAGAUUAUGCAGAGGACAGAGUUCCGCUAAAACGCAGAAUUGCAGAUCCUCGGGAACGUGUAAAAGAUGAUGAUCUUGAGGUGGUUCUUAGUCCACAGCGCCGUAGUUUUGGUGGUGGCUGUCAAGUGGCACCCACUGCCCUCCCUCGUCGCCCCAUCAGCCCUCUGGAGAACAAAGAGAAUGAGUCACUACGUUUGGGGGGAGCACGUCGCAUAGGGAGUGGCCGUAUCAUUGCAUCACGUGUAUUUGAGAGGGACGCACGAGUUGACAAGGAGAGGGAACGAGACCGAGAACGUGAAUUUAAGGACAAGAGAUUUAGGAGAGACUUUGGAGACAAAAGAGUGUUCAGUGAGAGAAGAAGAAAUGACUCCUAUGCAGAAGAGGAGCCAGAGUGGUUCUCUGGUGGACCUACUAGUCAGUCCGAGACCAUUGAGCUCAUUGGCUUUGAUGACAAAAUCUUGGAGGAUGACAAGCGGAGGACCAAACGUUCCAGGAAGAAGCCAGAGUCUAUUAAAGAAGUUGAAUGUAAUGGUGGGCUCUCUGGGGAUCCUGAAGUAGUUCAAGAGUCAGGAGCUGAUCAAGAGGUUCCACAUGCUGAGGUUCUUCCUGAGCAAACCCCUGGAGAAUUUGACUUCAAUGAGUUCUUCAAUCUUGAAAAGACCAUGCCUGGCCUGGCUUCGAUGAUUGAAGAUGUUCUUGCUGAGGGUCCUGUCAUGGCCAGUCGUUUCAGUCGCUGGUUCUCCAGUAACAGAAGUCCCUCUGGCAGCCGCUCCAGCAGUCUACGUUCCACACCACACGAGGAGUUGGAGAGACUAGCAGGUCUCGAUCCUCAUACUGGAACUCUGAAUCAGGGUACAUCCUUGUACUUCACCCCCAUCUCUUCAGUGGAACGCAAAGAGAAUGUUGACAUACUGGAGCUGCUGCAUAAAGCCAACAUUGACCUGAAACCUCUACUGUCUAGCUUGAAUGUCAACAAGGCUCACCUAAAAGAGAGCACAAACUCGGGGGUAGUAUUGUCUUUGGAGGAAGUGGAAGGGAGUCUGAAGGCCCUGAAGGUGCAGCCUGAACCAGCUCCAUCAUUACCUCAAAAGCAGCCCAGCGGAGGUGGGGGAACUCCCUUCAUGGUGGAGCACCUUGAAAAGGCUCUCACGGAAUGUACCGGGGUUGCAUCACGACCACGAGACCCUGACAUGUCUGCAUUUAAUAAGUUAGUGAGCACCAUGAAGGCAAGUGGAACCCUGCCCACCCACCCCAAAGCCAGCGGGAGCAGUUUACAGCAGCAGUCAGUGGAUCCUGCUCUUGUGUCCUUAUCGGAGACGCAGGUACCCACCUCCCAGCAGAAAAACAUAUUUCAGGAAUUGUUGGUUGCCCCUCAUGGCCCUGUUCCUGCCCCUGUGCCUGGCCUCAUACACCAACGCGCUUCACCCCCACUCUUCCCACAGAGAGCCCCUAUACAGGACUUUUUCCCGGGCAUGCCACCUGCAACAGGGUUCCCUAUUGGCCCACAAACUGUGUUGGAUCAAAUUCCAGACAUUAACAGGGCCAGGAAUACACCACAGAUGAGAGCUUUGCCAAUGGGAGUGGAUCAGACCAAUCUGGAAGCUUUGUUUCAGCAGGAUCUGGCAGCUCUUAAUCGCCAACAGUACCAACAAGCCUACAACAAACAGGCUCAUGAUAAGGUGUUUCGCAACAGACAAACCAGGAUGAACCAUUCACCUGGGCCUCACCUGCCUGGCCGGGCAUCACCUGCCAAUACAAUAACAAGUGUAUUGUCUCCAUCCUUCACUCCCACUUCUGUGAUCAAAAAAAUGUACGAGUCAAAAGAGAAAAGUCGAGAUGAUCUUGGGAGUAGACCAGGAAGCAAGGAGGAGACUGUGAACUCCCAUAACUCACAGGAGGAUGGGCCUCCAUCACCCAGUUUCUUUCUGGAAGAUGUGGACACCAGUGGUCCUCAGACUGGUGGGGUAAAAGCAUGCUCCACCCCUGUUCCUACUCGGAGUCGUCAUAGUAAAGACCCAGACCGACCCAGGCCUCCUUCAACAACAGGCCACACUCCCACUAUGCUGUCACCAGGACCAUCUUCUCCCUUCCCCAGACCCCAGAUGUAUCCAGUCCCUCUGCUUCCCCACGUCCCCUUGGUCAGACCUCCACCCCAGCUUCACCCGGGUGUGAUGCAGAGGAUGCUGGCUCAGGGCAUCCAGCCUCAACAGCUCGGACCCACAUUAUUACAAACGGGCAUGUUCCCUCAGGCUGUAGACCUGUCUCAGCUUCAGGGUUUGCCCCCAGCCCUCUUAGGGCAGCCUCUGUAUCCCCUUGGUCCUGCAGGACAUCCACUUAUGACCUCUAGAGCUGCAGGAACACACAUGCAGUUAGCAGUCAUGCAGCAACAGCUUCAACAGCAGCAGAGACCAAAUCUGCCAGUGGCUCCGUUAGGAGGACCCCAAUCACAGAGCUACGGUCCCCAUCGGACAAACCAUUCCCAGCGAAGAGGUGGCAGCCCUCCUCUGGGUCUGGCCAAGUGGUUUGGAUCUGACAUGCUGCAACAGCCCCUCCCUUCCAUGCCGUCUACUAAAGUAAUCAGUGUUGACGAGCUCGAGUUCCGCCAGUGAUGACCUCCUCUGACCAGUC